CCUUCGUCCUCUAUAUAGCCCCUGCCACCCCAUUCCCUCGGGGCUCCUAGUGGGCGAGGGCCAGGUGAGCUGCAACCCGGGGCAGUGGGGAGCCUGGAUGUAGGCAGACACGGUCAGAUGAUUUGAGGGACAACCAUUCCAUGCCCAGGGGCAGAAGAGCAUCGAGAGGCAGGCACAAGAGAGUGAGCAUAGCCAGGGUGGCCUGGAGGAAAGGGACGGGCCUCCUUGUCACCAUGCUGCUGGCCACGCUGCUGCUGCUGCUGCUGCUGCCCCUCCCAGAGCCCUGGUCUGCCCACGGGCACCCCCUGUACAUGCGCCUGCCCCCCAGCACCCUGCAAGUUCUGUCGGCCCAGGGGACCCAGGCCUUGCAGGCUGCCCAGAGGAGCGCGCUAUGGGCACUGAAGCGAGUGGCCAUGGAGCUGCAGCUCAGACUCCAUGAGUGUCGAGGACCUGGACAUCCCAGGCCUCAAGUUCCCCUCCUCCAGGACCCACCUGAGCCAGGACCUUGUGGCGAAAGGCAGCCAGGCCCUGCCAACGUGACCCGCGCUCACGGCCGCAUCAUGGGGGGCAGUGUGGCCCCACCUGGGGCCUGGCCCUGGCUGGUACGGCUGCAGCUGGGCGGGCAGCCUCUGUGCGGCGGCGUCCUGGUGGCGGCCUCCUGGGUGCUCACCGCGGCGCACUGCUUCGUGGGCGCCUCAAAUGAGCUCCUGUGGACCGUGGUGCUGGCCGAGGGGCCCCAGGGGGAGCCGGCGGAGGAGGUGCCGGUGAACCGCAUCCUACCUCACCCCAAGUUCGACCCGCAGACUUUCCAGAGUGACCUAGCCCUUGUGCAGCUGUGGACACCCGUGAGCCCAGCGGGGGCCGCACGCCCCGUGUGCCUGCCCCAGGCGUCCCCGGAGCCCCCUGCCGGCACUCCCUGUGCCAUCGCAGGCUGGGGGGCUCUUUUCGAAGACGGGCCUGAGGCCGAGGCGGUGAGGGAGGCCCGCGUCCCGCUGCUCAGCCCUGACACCUGCCAAAGGGCGCUGGGGCCCGGGCUGCGCCCCAGCUCCAUGCUCUGCGCGGGUUACCUGGCGGGAGGCAUCGACUCAUGCCAGGGUGACUCUGGAGGGCCACUAACCUGUUCUGAGCCUGGUCCCCGACCCAAGGAGGUCCUCUUUGGAGUCACCUCCUGGGGGGAUGGCUGCGGGGAGCCGGGGAAGCCGGGGGUCUACACCCGCGUAGCUGUGUUCAAAGACUGGCUCCAGGAGCAGAUGAGCGCGGCUCCUUCCACGCGCGAGCCCAGCUGCAGGGAACUCCUGGCCGGAGAACCGUCCGAGGAAUACCCAGCCGACGUCGACCUGCUCUGCGCCUUCUACGCCCGCCGGUGCCUGGUACCCGAAGGCGCCUGCGCGCGCCUGGCUCGCCAGCAGUGCCUGCAGCGCCGGCGGCGGUGUGGUGGGUCCCAGCGCCCCAGGGGAGCGGAGCGGGAGUAUCAGGUCGCCCCCGUACACUCAGCCAUCCCCCGACCCCGCAGAGCUGCGCUCGCUGGCGCACACGCUGCUGGACCUGCUGCGGGGCGCGCAGGAGCUGCUCGGCGUGCGCCCCGGGCUGCGGCGCGGGGCCCUGGCCCUGGCCCGCCCCGCUCCGUCGCAGCGGGAGUCCCCGGAGUCCGGUGGCCGCGAGCAGCGGCUCAACUCAGGACCGCGGGCAACAAGAGUGCGGUUCCAGAAGCGGAGGCCAGAGCCGCGCAGGAGCACGAGCGGCUGCCCUGGGCUGGAGCCCCUGCGACAGAAGUUAGCCGCCCUCCAGGGCUCCCACGCCUGGAUUCUGCAGGUCCCUUCCGAACGGCUGGCCAUGCACUUCCAGGAGGUGCUGGCCGACUUAAGCUCCAAGACGCUGACGGGGCUCUUCCGAGCAUGGGUGCGGGCAGGCCUGGGGGGCCGACGUGUGGCCUUCAGCAGCCUGGUGGGCCUGGAGCCAGCAACGCUGGCUCAAAGCCUCCCCAGGCUGCUGGUGCAAGCUCUGCAGGCCUUCCGCUCAGCUGCCCUGGCAGAGGGCAAGCCCUCAGGGCUGGAAGUGGGCAGGAAGGGGACUGUCUCAGGCCUGCAGCCACCAAGGGAACCCACUGCUCCCAGGAGCUAGGGGGCUGGGGAGCAUAUGACAAAUGUCACUGUCCCCGUGGACCAAGUCUGUGGGUGGGUCGGGGUCCUGUGUCCUCCCAGAUGUGUGAUUGGAGACUCACAGCUGCUUUAAUAAAUGUUAUUUAUAAGCCAUGGAGACACUGAUGCUUCUUUGGAAUGCAGAAUGGGGUGGGUGCAGUCCCCAGAGGCAGUUGGCAGAGAUCACCGAGGUCUUAGGGAGUGGGGGCAGCCCCC